AUGGGGGCCGCGGUGGCCAAGGCACACCAGGCACUUGAAGACACCGCCGGCGCGCCCGGAACGCCAGCGGAGGCCCGGCUCGCCGUGGCCGCGCACGCCCUACUCCAGUGGUACUGCUCCCCCGACGCCGGCAUAUGGGACGCGGAGGCGGCCUGCACCAAGAGAAGCCUCCUCUCGGCGGUCGACGAGAUACUCCACCUCAAGGAGAUCCAUGCGUUCCCCAUGGCCUCCCCGGCUCGCCGCCGCAUGGACACCGCCCUCGGCGUCGCCAUGUCGCGCCUCAUGGAUGAGUUCCUAGUCCUCAGGGUCUGGGACGCUUCCCAGCUCCAGGGCACGGACGGCCUUCUCUUCGCCGUCCAGAAGCUCUCGGUCUCCCUGGCUUCCGGCGGCGGCGUGUGGCCCGCCUUCCCCACCGGCGGCAGCGCCAGCUCCGGAGAGUUUAGCGUCAGUGACAGCGACGAACUCUACGCGUCCGACAGGAGUCUCUCGACCUGGCCUGACGUUGUGACCGUCGUCGUGGAUGGCGCGUUCUCGGAUGGGCUCGACCUGAUUUGCCCGGCAAGCUUGCCUGUCCUCCAUGAGAUCGCGCUCCGGGUCAUCCGUGCCGGGUACACCAAAGAGCUGCUCCAGACAUUCACCAAGGCCUCCUGCCAAGUUUUGGACAGGUUCUUAUCGAUCCUUCAACUGGAUCGGCCUUUCUUCGACGCCAACCGAGUCAACUUCGAGGACGCCGAGUGGUGGACAACGGAGGACAUGGUGAAGCGGUGGAUCUUGGCGACUAAGCUCGUCGGGAAGGCCCUCGUCGUCAUGCAAGGGCAGCUCCGGGAGCAGAAAUGUGGAGCCUUCGAUAGGUUCAAGGACGACUACUUCAUGGCCAUCGCGAAGCAGAGCAUCGUCGUCUUGCUCAGAUUUGCGGACGGGUUCACCAGUACCCAAUCACCCGAAAAGCUUAUCUACGUCCUCGAGAUGUACGAGGUUCUAAGCAACUCUGCUCCCGGCCUCCUGCCCCUCUUUACCGGGCAACACGCGGAGCUCGUCUCCCGGCAGCUGCCCGUCGUUCUCGCCAAGCUGGCACGCGCAUUGAGGGCCGCUGUCAACGGUCUCAUCACCAAGAUCCGAGAAGACUGUUCGCAAGCAGCGGGCGAGACGGCGACGCACGGGAUCGGCGUCCAUCCGCUGGCGCGGUACGCCAUGACCUGCGUCGAGCUGUUGGCGCCGCACCGUACCGCGCUGGACUUGGUCCUCGCGGACGGUGGCGAAGACGAACGCGGCGCAGCAGCAGGAGGCGCCGAGCGCGUGGGCUCGUUUGGCGGCCUCGUCGCGGAGCUGAUCGCGGGCAUGGAACGCAACCUCGAGGAGAAAUCCGCGCUCGCGUUCGCGGACGGCUCGCCGUGGCAGCACCUCUUCCUGGCCAACAACACAGGCUUCGUGCUGAACCGCGCCGCGGACGCUGACUUGGCGUCCCUGCUGGGGGACGACUGGGCCGCACGGCGCCGGAGCCGACUCGAGCAGCACACGGCUAGUUACCUCCGGGCCUCCUGGGGUCCGGUCGUCGCUUGCCUGGAGGAGACGACCGUGCGGGGCAGCGGCAAGCCGGCGAAAGCUCUCGCAAAAUUCAAUGCCGCGUUUGAGAAAAUGCACGUUAGCGAGGUGGUCCCGGAUCCCGCGCUCCGAGCGGCCCUGCGGAAGGCCGUGUCGGAUAUGGUUGUUCCUGUUUACGGCGCGUUUCUGCAAGAGCACCUGAACCUUGGAAAAUCUGUCAAGUACACGGCCAAUGAUGUUGCCCAAUCACUGUCGGGAUUGUUCGAAGGAGAUGUUUAG